UCUAAUUUGACUUCGUUUCAUAAGGGCGAUAUUCGUUAACCCCCACAAUCAACGCAUGCGUUGUAAUAGCAUCCAUUUUGGUAACCUCCCUUUUCGAAGGAAGUUCGUAAAUAUCAAAAAGCACCGUGAUUUAAGACGAAGAUGGGGGAUGAAAAGAAAGAGAAUGCGGAAAAGCAAAAAUCCGUUUUAAAUCCGGAAGCUCCAGCUUUCGUGAUGAGAACAAAACCAAUAAAACAUACGUUACCAUACACUUGGACUUUUUGGUAUUACAAAAGAGUCCCGGGUAUUAACUAUCGCGAUAAUCUCCACCAAGUUGUCUCGUUCGAUACGCUCGAGGAUUUUUGGUUGUUGUAUCACCACCUUUCUUUGGUGAGCGAUUUAAGAAAUAUGGAUUAUCUCAUAUUUAAAUUGGGUGUAACACCGGUUUGGGAAGAUGUUAAUAAUCAGCGUGGAGGUCGCUGGGAGGUCCACAUCCCUUCAGCACUCCGCAAUGAGGUCUUAACCACUGUUUGGGUACAAUCGGUUUUGUACUCUAUUACUGAUUGGUCUCAUUUCAGUCAGCAACUGUGUGGAGUUGUUGCUACAGUGCGUUAUAGAUACGAUCGCAUAGGAAUCUGGACCUCUGAUGCAAAUGACAGAUACAUAACAAACGCAAUUGCUGAGGAAUACCAAAACAUUCUUGAUGCAAACAACUGUGGUAUUUUACAAUAUCAACCGCAUAAAGUUUUAAGCCGAAGAGCAAGAAAAUCUGCAAGAAACAAAUAAUUUUCGAAAAA